AUGGCCUCCAACACCAACCCAGGAAACUUCUCCAACCGCUCCCACGAGGAGGUUCAGAACAUCGCCCGCAAGGGUGGCCAAUCGAGCCACUCCGGUGGCUUUGCCAGUAUGGAUCCUGAGAAGCAGCGCGACAUCGCCUCCCAGGGCGGUCACGCUUCCAGCGGAAGCUUCAAGCCUGGAGAUCCCAAGGCCCGCGCUGCGGGACAGAAGGGCGGCUCGAAGUCGCAGUAUGACCAGGAGACUCCUGAUGAAUGA